AUGGUCACCGUCAACGUCGUCUCGAGCGAGAUCGCACGCGCCGAGCUGCGCUGCUCGCUCAACACCUGGACGCACAUCUACGCCUUCCCCUUCCUCUGCUUCUACCCGCUCCUCGCCUACGCCUACUACAUCAAAUACGACGACUGGCUCAAGAGCGAGGAGUGGACUUUUCUCGCUUGUGUUACGCUUGGGGCGGGCCAUGCGCUCAGUUUUCUGGUGACGAGGUGGAACGCGGGCGCGAAGGCUUGGAUUACGACUACUUCCGCCCGUUCGCUGGAAGAAGCAGACUGCAUCCGCAUCAUCCCACACGCCCACCGCGGCGAAGGCGAAAUCGUCCCCCUCGAAAAAGUCCAACCCACCGACCCAUCCACCUACAAAUUCAGCUACCAACAAGACACCUACACAGUCCACUCCCUCUCCCCCCUAACCUUCUCCCUUCUCCCCUACCUCACCUCCUCCCGUCCCCCCCUCUCUUCCUUCCUCUCCCCUUCCUCCCCCCUUACCCGCGGCCUCAACACCUCCGCACUCUCUAGCGUGUUAGCGAAAUACGGCAAGAACGAAUUCAACAUCCCCAUUCCGUCGUUCACGAAAUUAUUCGCGGAACACGCGACCGCGCCAUUCUUCGUCUUUCAGAUCUUUUGCGUCGCGCUGUGGUGUCUCGAUGAGUAUUGGUAUUAUUCGCUCUUCACCCUCUUUAUGCUCGUCAUGUUUGAGUGUACGGUUGUAUGGCAGAGAUUGAGGACGUUGACGGAGUUUAGGACGAUGAGCGUGGUGCCGUAUGGGAUUAUGGUGUGUAGGGAUGGGAAGUGGGGACAAGUGCAGUCGGACGAGUUGUUGCCGGGGGAUUUGGUUUCUGUCGUAAGAGCCCAUCAAACCGAAACCAACAUCCCAGCCGACAUCCUCCUCCUCCACGGUUCCUGCAUCGUAAACGAAGCCAUGCUCUCCGGCGAAUCCACCCCCCUCCUCAAAGAAUCCAUUCAACUCCUCUCUCCUACCGACUUACUCGACGCCGACGGCGAACACAAAAACGAGGUGCUUUUCAGCGGGACUAAACUCUUGCAAGCUACCUCUUCCUCGUCUAAUGACAUCGACGACAAACCUAGCACUGGCAAGGGAGGCAAGGGCGGGAAGGGAAGUGGUGUUGGCGGAGGUGGCCCAACGCCCGAUGGUGGCUGCUUAGGUUUGGUACUAAGAACAGGCUUCGGAACCUCCCAAGGCCAACUCGUCCGCACCAUGAUCUUCAGCACCUCCCCCGUCUCCGCCUCCUCUCUCGAAAGCAUCCUCUUCAUCGCCUUCCUCCUCAUCUUCGCCAUCGCCGCCUCUUCCUACGUCUGGAUCAAAGGCGUAGAGCGAGGAUUGAAGAAGAGUAAGUUACUGUUGGAUUGCGUGUUGAUUGUGACGAGCGUGGUGCCGCCGGAGUUGCCGAUGGAGUUGAGUCUGGCAGUUAAUGCGAGUUUGGUGGCGUUGAGCAAGUUUGCCAUAUUCUGCACAGAACCCUUCCGCAUCCCCUUCGCGGGCCGCGUCGACGUCUGCUGCUUCGAUAAGACGGGCACGAUCACGGCGGAGAAUUUGGUGUUGGAGGGUGUGGCGGGCGUUGACCCCUCCUCCCCCCAAACCCUCCUCCCCGUAACCUCCGCCUCCCGCCUAACAACCCUAACCCUCGCCGCCGCGCACGCCCUCGUCCGUCUCGAGGACGGCACGAUCGUCGGAGACCCGAUGGAGAAGACGACGUUGGAGGCACUGGGGUGGAGGAUCGAGAUGGGGGAUAUGGUCCUUCCCGCGCUUGAGUCGGGUGAGCAGGGAAUGGGGGGGACGGUGGCGGCGGCGGUUAGGGAGCAUCAGGGUAAGAAGCAUGGACAUGGGAAGGGAGGAGGUGGUGGACAGGGACAGGGAGGAGGACAAGGUUUAACGAUUCAACGCCGUUUCCAGUUCUCAUCCGCGCUUAAACGCAUGUCGACCGUUUCCUCUCUCCCUCCCUCUUUCUCCCCUCCUGCAGUAAAAGGCGCGCCGGAGACGAUCAGGGGGAUGUUAAGUGUUAUACCGGAGGGGUACGAUGAGGUUUAUAAGGGAUAUACGAGGAGGGGGAGUCGGGUGCUUGCGUUGGGGAUGAGGGAGGUGGAGGGGUUGACGAGGGGGGAGAUCAACAAGCUCACGCGCGACGAAGUUGAGAGCGGGCUCGUGUUUGCUGGUUUCUUGGUUUUCCAUUGUCCCCUGAAGCCGGACGCGGUGGAGAGCUUGAAGAUGUUAGCGGAUUCUUCGCAUAGGUGCAUCAUGAUCACGGGCGACAACCCCCUCACCGCCGUCCACGUCGCCAAAGACGUCGAAAUCAUAGACCGCGAAGCCCUCAUCCUCGACGUCCGCGAGAACCCCUCAUCACCCUCCGACCUCACCUGGCGCACCGUCGACGAAUCCAAAAUCAUCCCCGUCGACCCUUCCGAACAGCUCGACACCUCCCUCCUCGCCACCUACGACAUCUGCGUCACCGGUCCCGCGCUUAAGCAGUUCGAGUCCCGCCCGGACGCAUGGAACGUCCUCGUGCAACACACAUGGGUCUACGCGCGCGUCUCGCCCGCGCAGAAGGAGUUCAUCCUCACGUCCCUGAAAGCACUGGGAUAUACGACGCUCAUGGCGGGCGACGGGACGAACGACGUCGGCGCGCUGAAGCAGGCUCAUAUUGGUGUGGCGUUGUUGGAUGGGACGGUUGAAGACCUGAAGAAGAUCGCGGAGAGGGAGAGGCUGGAGAGGUUGAAGAAGGUUUAUGUGUCACAGUUGAAUAUUAGUGCGAGGUUUGGGCAGCCGCCGCCGCCUGUUCCGCCGGCUAUUGCGCAUUUUUUCCCGGAUGCGGUUGAGGCGCAGAGGAAGGCGGCGGAGGAACAGAAGGAGGGGAGGAAGGCGAAUCCGAUGGAGAAGUUCAAUUUGGCGGCGAUUACGGAUAAGAUGGCGGAGAUGGAGGGAGAGGACGACGUUCCGAAGAUUAAACUGGGCGAUGCGUCCUGCGCCGCGCCGUUCACGUCCAAGCUGUCCAACGUCUCUGCUAUCACGCACAUCAUCCGCCAGGGCCGCUGCACGCUCGUGGCGACGAUCCAGAUGUACAAGAUCCUGGCGCUGAACUGUCUCAUCACCGCUUACUCGCUCAGCGUGCAGUAUCUCGACGGGAUCAAGUAUGGGGAUUAUCAGGUCACGAUCACGGGCAUGCUCAUGAGCGUUUGCUUCUUGUGUAUCUCGCGGGCGAAGCCUGUGGAGAAACUGUCGAGGGAACGGCCGUUGAGCAAUAUCUUCAACUUUUACGUGUUGCUCUCCGUUUUGAUGCAGUUCGCGCUGCAUAUCGGGACGAUGGUCUAUAUCACCGAGCUUGCGCACGUUCUUGAAGAACGCGGCCCCAUCGACCUCGAAGCGAAAUUCGAGCCAAACCUACUCAACACCGCCGUCUUCCUCCUCGGCCUCUCGCAACAAGUCUCGACGUUCGCGAUCAACUACCAAGGCCGGCCCUUCCGGGAGGGCAUCAGAGAGAACCCGGCGUUGUAUUGGGGACUCGUUGGGGCGAGCUGUGUUGCGUUUUCUGGGUCGACGGAUUUCAUGCCGGAGAUGAAUAGGUGGUUGCAGGUGGUUGCUAUGGAGGGUUCGUUUAAGUUCAAGUUGACGGCGAGCAUGAUCCUCGAUUUCAUCGGCUGCUGGGCGAUCGAAUGGGUAUGCAAGUAUUUGUUCGCGGAUCUGGAGCCGAGGGAGCUCGUCACGAGGGGACGGGAGAGGAGGGAGAAAAGGAGGGCGCUGCAGGAGGAGCAGAAGAAGAUCGAGGAUGCGAAGAAGGCGGAGGCGGAGGUGGAGAAGAAGGCGCAGUGA